AUGGAAGUGUUCCUGCAGUCGCUGAACAACAAGGACAAGAAGUUUUUGAAGGGCGGCUCGUACCACUUCCGCAUUCCUCCGGAGCUGGAGAAGGAGUGGGACGAGCUGGUGCAGCAGCGACAGAGCGAGGUGAAGAAGGAGAUGGAGCACUUCUGGAAGGGCUAUCAGCAGUACGCGUGGGGGUCGGACGAGCUGCUCCCAGUGAGCAACGCCGGGCUUGACAACAACGGCCACGUGGGAAUCACGCUGGUGGAGGCGUUGGACACGCUCUGGCUGAUGGGAAUGCGCAAGGAAUUCGACGCGGCCGUGAAGUGGAUCCGCGAAAGCCUCUCGCUGGAUGUCAACAUGGAAGUCAGCGCCUUUGACUACAACGCGCGGCUGCUCGGCGGCCUGCUCUCCGCCUACGAACUCAGUCGACGCGGAAUUCUGUUAGAAAAGGCCGUCGAAGUGGGCGAUCUGCUGCUCCGGACCUUCCAAGGAAGCGGGUUCCCCGCGGUAGGAGUGAUCGGGUUUCGUGACGGGCAGCCGCUGAUCAAUCCUCGCACGGGCGCGCUGGAGCAGUCGAGCAGCAAAGUGUUCUUGGCGGAGGUGGGGAGUUUGACGCUGGAAAUGAACCAUUUGUCGCGAAUCACGCAGGAUCCCCGGUACAGCAGCGCGGUGCGCACGAUGUACAGCAAGCUCUUCCAGCUGCCCACCUUCGACGGACUAGUGUUCCUUCACUUAGUUCGCUCGCUUGACGGGGCUGGUGCUGAAGAAGGAGUUCAGCUUCACGGAGGCCACGGGGCCCUUCUACGAGUACCUGCUCAAGGGCUACGUGCACAGCCAGUACCGCAACAUCACGCUGCAGAACGCGUUCCAUCGCGCCCUGCACGGCAUCGACGCCCAUCUCCUCCACACCUCCUACCACGGCGGCUACACCUUCGUCGGAUCCCUCGUGAACGGCAAGUUCCAUCCCGAAAUGGAGCAGUACGCGUGCUCCGUGGCCACCCUCUACGCGCUGACCGCGUACUACAACCCGAACUCUCGCUUCGCGGAGGGGAACAAGCGGAAGGCGCGCGCGUUGGCGUACACGUGCUACGAAAUGUUCCGCUCCACCACCAGCGGACUCGCGGCGGACAAGGUGUUCUUCAGCGAGGAUCGGGACUUCGAGACCGGGCCGAUCGGCAUCGAGUACAAGCUGCGGGGAGAGACGAUCGAGACGUUCUUCGUGUUGUAUCACAUGACGAAGGAUCCGAUCUACAUAGAGUGGGGAUGGAAUAUCUUCAAGAGCAUCCGGGAGAAGUGCAAGACAGACGCGGGAUUCGCGCAGUAUCGAGAUGUGCAUAGCGCGUUCUCGUCGUUGGGCGAUGAGGCUCCGAGCUAUUUCGUGGGAAAAACGAUGAAGUUCUUUUAUCUGCUGUUCAGCACCAAGAACAUUCUGACUCUAGGAAAAACACUCUUUACUACGGGCGGGCAUAUGCUGCCCAUUUUUGAGCAGUGAGUGAGUGGUUUGGUUGUUCGAUUACGUGAUUCUGUG